UGGGCAAAGAACAUGGAGCGUAAAGUUUUAAUUUGGUGAUCUCUAGUAAAUUCAUUUUGUUUCCAUAUAGUUUUUUUGAUAUAUCUUGUCAAACUAUUGAAAAUAAAAGAAUAUCAAAAUAUCCGUUUAUACAUUGCAGGGAGCUGAUUUCUGGAUAUCUGGAACAAUUUGAUAUUAUAAUAAAAACGAUGAUAGCUACAGAUGCAUAAUCAAAUUUCUUUGAUCAUUCGUUCUUUCUGAUUUUUAUUUUUGGGCUUUGAUUACAUUACACUCAAAUUGAACCGUGAACUUGUUUUUCUGCAGCAUGGUUUAUCAAAAUAAAAAAAAUGUCGAUCUUUCAUCAAGGCAUGGAGACCUCAAGUUUUGAUUUGCUUCUCUCUUUUUUAAUUAUUUUAGUUUUCAAUAACUCCAUCGCUUUUGAAUGCAUAUUUUCUUGAUAUUUUAUUUCCUUUGAUGUUGCAGGGAGGUAAUUUGUGAACACUGAUUCCUUCUGUUACUGGUUCUAUCUUUCUGUUGUUUGAUCUUCAUGUUUUGUAUUCUUAUUCUUUUCUGGUCUAUUGAUUUUGUUCUUGCUUAGACCGCCAUACAUGUGAAUUGAAAUAUGACACGCUGUUUUCUGCAGUGUAGUUUGUUUUGAAACAAUAACAUUCCAAGUAGCAUCAAGCCUCAGAAUUCUGACAGUGCAAAAGUUUACACGAUUCUAUGUUUGUCUGAUGAUUUGGUCGUCGGAAAAGUGGUCCGGGACUCUUCUGUGUUAGGAGGAAGCCAAAAUUGUGUCACCCAUCAUGUGCAGGCUUUAAUUGGGUUAUCUCUUCUAAGACUCUAUACAUUUCAGUCUACGUUGGAUACUUAGCAUCUACUUUUGUCAGUUUCAUUUAGUUUUCUGUGUGGGUGAAACAGGAGAUAAAUGUGUGGGGUGCCCGUGGAACAUUUUCAAAACAACGCAUGCAGAUACUUUUUUUGUGCUUUAGGAAUUUCGGUAUUACAUUUUCAAAACAACGCAUGCAGAUACUGCACGAACGAGUAGCUAAUCUAUGGCCUCCAGGUCAGUAUUAAUUUUGUUAGCAACCAAAUUUCAAACGACGUACAAUACCUAGGGUUUACUUCUUUUCGUUUUUUUUCCAAUUUGAAAUUGUGAGCUUUCCUGAUUUGGUUUGUGUGACCUAACUUUUGGUUUUAUGGUAUUGAAUUAAGAAAUUGUGGUAAGAAAUAUGUGUACAUUCCUUUCAUUCUUCCUGUAUGGUCUUCUUUUAUUGUGAAGAAAAAUAAGAUAUUUUACAUAAUCUGCUUGGGUAGGAAAAUCUAGAGCCAACAUAAUCUGAAAUUGUGAACCUGUUUUUCUGCAGCAUGGUUUUUCAAAAUAAAAAAAAAAUGUUAAUCUUUCAUUAAGGCAUGGAUACCGAGUUUUGAUUUGCUUCUUUCUUUUUUAAAUAUUUUAGUUUUCAAUAACUCCAUCGCUUUUGAAUGCAUAUUUUCUUGAUAUUUUAUUUCCUUCGAUGUUGCAGGAAGGUAAUUUGUGAACACUGAUUCCUUCUGUUACUAGUUCUAUCUUUCUUUUGUUUGAUAUUCAUGUUUUGUAUUCUUAUUCUUUUCUGGUCUUUUGAUUUUGUUCUGGCUUAGACCGCCAUACAUGUGAAUUGAAAUAUUACACGCUGUUUUUUGCAAUGUAGUUUGUUUUGAAGCAAUAACAUUCUAAGUAGCAUCAAGCCUCAGGUUUAUUUUGCUACCAUGUACUUGGGUUGUGAACUAUUUUUAUUUUCAUUUCUAUUCUUAUUGUCUAGUCGACUUACUUCUUUGUUCUAUGUUUGGCUUUUUUUUAUCUGAAUUCUGACAGUGCAAAAGUUUACAUGAUUCUUUAGGAGUUGGGAUAACUUGGUGGUCCUCUCUUUGUAAUGUUGGUUUAGAGAAUUAUGCAACUAUUCUUUCUUUCUUCUUGUUUAUUAUUUUACAACCUAUUUUUCACGGCGUAAUCGUUCUGUAAAUGUAUCAUGUGGUGUUGGCAGAGCAAGUUUUACAUGGGUUUGGUGUAUUACAAAAGUCGUCAUCUUUCUCAAUCACACUUCACCUUUUCAAUUUGCCGUCUAAAAGGGUUUUAUUUGUUUCCGAAUAAUCUUUCGUUGAUACAUGUAAUGGCAAAGAUAAAGAUAUAAGUCUGGAUGGAAAUUUGGUCAACUCUUCUAAGAAUCUUUACAUUUUAGUCUUUUUUUGAUAUUCAAUAUAUACUUUUGAUAGUUCCUUUGAGUUUUCUUUGUGGGUGUUACAGGGGAGAGAGCCUGUAAAUGUAUGGUUUACUGUGGAAGCCAUGGCAGCCAGAGGUUCAAAUACUUAGCUUGGGAUUUUGGACAGUGUCAGCGAUUACUGUGUAUAUGUAUCAGUAAUGUAAGUAUGAGUGAAGCAAGGAUGAGGAAUUCCUGGCAACUUAGUUUGGCACAAGAAUUUGCCAUUGGGUGUUGUUGAUUGAUGUGCUUUCAUUUUGGUUAUCUCUACUUUGACUAUGAAUUUUUCACGUUUCUUUGUAUUUUUUGAGGAUCUGGUUUUUUUUCUGCAGUAUGGUUUGUCAAAAUAAAAAAAAUGUUGAUCUUUCAUCAAGGCGUAGAGACCUCAAGUUUUGAUUUGCUUCUCUCUUUUGAAAAUAUUUUAGUUUUCAAUAACUCCAAUGCUUUCAAAUGCAUAUUUUCUUGAUAUUAUAUUUCCUUUGAUGUUGCAGGAAGGUAAUUUGUGAACACUGAUUCCUUCUGGUUCUAGGUCUAUCUUUCUUUUGUUUGAUCUUCAUGUUUUGCAAGAGAGCAUAUAUUUCUUGAUUUGUUAUUUCCUCUUUGGUUUUGCAAGAGAGGUAAUCGAUAAACACAAUUCCUUUUGGUUCUAUCUUCCUCUUGUUUGAUUACAUUGGCUCCUGAUGUUGUGGUCAGAUUUGGUUCUUCUGGCUGGUUUCGAUCUUGGAAUUUUCUGUUCAUAUUUUAAUGAUCUGCAGCUACUAAUGAAUCGUUUGGGUUUUUAAUUGAUUGCUCUUCCAAUUCUCGUUUGAUCACGUGCACUUUUUGAUAUAAUUUGUCAUUUGAAAAACACAGACUGACACACCUGUGAAAAAGUUUGGCACAGAGGCUGAUAGCAAAUUAAGGAGAUCAUAUAUUGUGAACGUCAACAUGUGUGUGCUUAAAUUUUACAUCUAAUACAUCUGCACUAUUGUUUCUUCUCCAACAAAGUUUAAAAUCCGGUGGUUCAAAUGACGCAACCCCAGUUAUAAAACCACCAAAUCCGACAUCCCUCUUUAGCAGAAUGACUAUAGGUUUUCGGUCAUCUCCUUCUGCCAACCUUCCUACCCCAUCGGAGGUUGUACGCAAAGUAGAGGCUAAGUAUCCUGAUUUGGUUUUCAAGCAACAGCUCACAGCCUAUGUGGAGAAAAUAUAUGGUAUCUUGCGGGACAACUUGAAGAAAGAGUUGGCAUCAUUUAUUUCGUUAUGUAUCCAGGCACCAAGAACAUCUAAGGGAGUCUUAAGAUCUGGCCGAUCUUUUAGUAAAGAUUCUCCCAUGGGUCAUUGGCAGAGUAUUAUUGAAUCCCUCAACACUAUUCUCUGUACUAUGAAAGAGAACUUUGUGCCUCCUGUCCUUGUCCAAAAGAUCUUCUCUCAAACAUUUUCAUAUAUUAACAUUCAACUCUUCAACAGUCUUCUUCUGCGGCGUGAUUGUUGUCCAUUCAGCAAUGGAGAAUAUGUGAAGGUUGAUUUAGCAGAAUUGGAGAUGUGGUGCUGCCAAGCAAAGGAGGAGUAUGCUGAGACAUCUUGGGAUUAGCUCAAGCACAUUAGACAAGCAGUUGGAUUCUUGGUUAGUGUUUCUAGUUUCAUAAUAUGGCACCAUUUAUCUUACUGAUGUUGUUACAAAAUUUUGAUAAUCAAUGUGGUUUACCAUGCGUCAUGUUUUGUUUCCACUUACUAAUUAAUGAUUAUCAAAGAUUAAAGAAUAAAGACUUGUCAUUUUAUAUCAUAGUUACAAAGAAUAAAGAUUAUCAGUAUUUGUCAUUUUUUUUAUAAUCGCUGCUACUAUUGAUUUGUACCAAUUGUUCUUCCAAAUAAAAGAAUAGUUUUUUUAUAUGAUUAGUCGAACUAUUAUAAAAUAAAAGAAUAUUAAGAUAUUCGUUUAUCCAUUUUACAGCGAGUUGAUUUUUGGAUAUCAGGAACAAUUUGAUAUUAUAAUAAAAUCGAUGAUAGCUACAGAUGCAUAAUCAAAUUUCUUUGAUCAUUCGUUCUUUUUUAUUUUUGGACUUUGAUUACAUUACACUCAAAUUGAAUCGUGAACCUGUUUUUCUGCAGCAUGGUUUAUCAAAAUAAAA